AUGUCUAUACCUAUGGUUUUUCUGGGACACGGUGUCGGAGGCUUGAUCAUCAAAGACUUCUUCUGGAAUUCAAGUGGACCCCAGCACCGAGGCUUUCCAAACCGUUGGUAUGAGGACAUAGUCAACAACACAGUCGGAGUUGCUCUACUCGGAACACCCCAUCUCACGAAAGCAAACUCGACGGAUGCAGAGAGCAUACUAGGCGUCAUUACGAGAGCACCGACAUCCAGAAAGUCGGAGCCCCUUCACAGGAAGCUCCUAGACCUGAAAGAUACCGAAUAUGUCCGCUCUCUGUCAGAGGAGUUCGACAAGUAUAUCCGGCAAAAUGUCCCCCGUCUGCCCAUCUUAUCAGUCUGGGAUGGGCGAGAAAGCGAUGCAAUGCGAAUAGAGGAGACGAGGUUAACUGGGCGCAGAUGGAGAGCAGAGAAAUUUGUGGUGCGUCACGGAGACAGCAUACCCAUCAUCAACGAUAAUGGGCCUUGA